GUCCAAUCAAGCGCACCCGAUGAGACUUUUUCGAGAAGGUGAUAAUUAAUGAUUUCAUAUGUAUUUUGAGACAAUCAGAGACAUGCCUAUCAGUACUUUUAUGAGGAAUUUAGAGAAUUAAGAAGAGUUCCAGUCUUCAGCAUAACAGAAGUUCCUAGACUUGUCAUGGGUUUGAAUUUUUAUUCAGCAGUCUUACAGCUAUCUCAAACUUGAAAGAUGUUGUGACGCAUUGUGUCAAAAGUCUCCUUUUCGCUGCUUGGUAUGCUGCAGGGAUGUUUCGAAAUAGUUCAUGUGCUACCAGGUAAAUUUCGAAAAUGGGUAAUGCAAACUUCAGUACUAGAUGCUUACAGAAACGUGGACUGAAUAUCCUGAUAAAGUUCCUUCUUCUGACGGUAGGAGCGUCAAUGAUGUUUACUUUUAUGGCACACCAUGUAGUCUACAGACCAUCGUCAGCUGUCAGCAGACUCGGUCCAGCUUUUAUGCUUAUAAAUAAAGCGGGGAAUUCCCAUUUAGAUUAUUUCGAGGAGUUUGCAGAAUCACCUGAUGAGGAAAAAAUAGUUCUGAUGAAUAAAAUGAGAGAAUCGAUGAAAUCAUUCAUGCACAGAUGCACAAAGAAGAAAGCAUAUUGCAAAAAGUUCCCGGAACAGCAGCACAUUCUGACGUUGUUCACGACCUGGGUGUACGAAAAAGAGAAAUUUCAUAUCAAUAAUAAAACAUUGUUUAAUUGGAGGACACUGCCGAACGUGAAUUUAGUAGUGUUUACAAAUUCGACUGGAGUAAAGUAUUACAGUGCAGAAGCAGGAUUUCAGGUUUUACCUAUCAUAGAGGAGGCUUCCGGUGCACCAGUUUUACCAGCGAUGUUUGGUGCUGUAAUGAAGAAAUUUCAGAGUGAAUUUUAUGGCUUUGCCAAUGGUGAUAUCCUCUUCACAAAAACACUAGUAGAUACACUGGAACAUGUGCUUUGCAGUCUGGGUCAGAUUAGAAGACAGAAUGGCAUACUGAUUGUUGGAAGGAGAGUUAACGUUCCAGCUAGACUUGUUACUGAUAAGAUAGCCAUGUCAUGGAAACAGCUUGACCGCAUUUCGCACAGUGGCUCCCUUUUCCAGUCUGACGCUGAAGACUAUUUUAUCACAGAUAAAUCAUAUCCAUGGCACAAAUUCCUACCAGUGGCUAUUGGAAGACGUGCGUAUGAUAAUUGGGUUGUAGCUUUCUCGAGAUAUCAUAAUAUCACAGUUAUCGAUGCUUCCGAGUCUAUCCAGUGUCUCCAUCAAACACUAGAAUCCAGGGGUAAUUUUGAGGGGCUCGAGAAAGGGCGGUACAAUAUUGAACUUAUUGACCAACUCAGGCUGCCAUUCUCUCCCUACAGUUGGGGAAGAACACUUUGUGCAGGGAUGAAGUCUUGGACCAAUCUAUGUGGAGAAAUUGUACUAUCAGAAAGCAUUGUGACAACAUGAUCUUGCUUGCGAUGAUUCCCAAUGAGAGUGACAUGAUGUGCGUAAAAGUGCUAAAGUUUAGUAAAAACAAUUGAAAAAAAAUUACAUACAUAUUAUUAUUUAUCUGCAAAAUGAAAUUUUAUUAUGUCAGUGUACCGGUACUGAUGAUAAACCCGGACAGAUGAUAAAGUCGACCACCUGGAAUUAUAUACGAUUGCAGUCGGUUAUUUAUAUAAUUGAACACACCAUCUAAUAGCAACCACUUAAAACACCAACUGGUGUAAACAAAAACAAAAUUGGUAAAUAUUCCGUAUAAAUAAAUGACUUACAUUUAUCUGUAUAACAAAAUAUUUAUCCAAAAUUACUGGGGAAGAGGGUGCUUUUUUACGCAUGCUCUCUGUCAACACAUAAAGGCCUGACAUUGGGUCACUUUUCAUUAUUUGAUCCAGAAUGACUGUUGCAGCAUUUUUGGUAAAGUUUCAAUAUAAUAUUAUGAGGAAAAUUUCGUAAAUGACAAAGUGGUCGAAUUUAUCAUCAGUCAAUGUUCGUACAGUCCCCAUUAUACAUACCGCUUUCAGGGCCUCACUUCAUGUGAGUUUACUUACUAAAUAUAAAAUUUGAAUUAUGUAAAGUUUUCAGCAAAUGUUAAGCUUUAUUUUGAUACGAACCAUUGAUUACAAUUUGCAGAAAUAAAAAAGUUACAGGUAAAACACCUCAUUUUCUGUUCGGGUUUAUCAUCAGUACCAGUAUUGAAAAUAGCUGUGUAUGUUGAUGGGAACUUGCACAUAUGAUAUGCAAAACUAGAACAUUUUAGAGUUUGACAACGGAGUAGCAGUAUCUAAAUUACUAUUAGAGAUGACAGUCAAUGCUUAUGUUAAAUUUAAAAAAUGUAAAUUAAUGCUUUAUCUUUUUUACAAGAUAAUUUUAUUUUAGAAUAUCUAGUCAGAAUUGCUUGCACUCCUGUCAUAUCAAAACUGACACACAUUUGGUCAGACUUUUUUUAAUAUUUUUAUGUAGCAUCAAAAUCAAAGGCUUUGUUUCUUGUUGUGCAAAUAUAAUAGUUGAGAUUUAUAGUAUUUCAUAUUUUUACAGCAUUAUGCAUUUAACAAUGAAUCUCCAGUUACAAACAAAUACUUUUAUAGGGUAUGCAAUAAAGAAUGAAAAUAUUCAUUUCCUUUUUAACUAGUCCGAAAUUUUAUUGGAUAAAAUUUUCGCUGUUGCCUAAAAUUGUUGUAAUUGUUCAUAAUAAAGAUUCAAAAAAGUA